AAGGAUGUCCUUUAGUCCCUUUUGGAACUUGGAAAACUGCACCUUCUGAUGCUUACAUUAUUGGUCUUAAAGAACUUCCAGAGUAUGAUAAUUCGCCACUCUCACAUUCUCAUAUCUUUUUUGCACAUUGUUACAAGAAUCAGAGUAGUUGGCAAGAUAUCAUUAGAAGGUUUGUGCAAGGCAACGGCAUUCUUCUUGACCUAGAAUUUUUAACGGAUGAGAGAG